CUCUAUCUCUCUCUCUCUCUCUCACACACACACACACACACACGCAUAAUCUAUGUCUAUUAACCAGAAGAUCCCCGAGUUGUGACAUAAGCCAUUAAACCAGUGCUAAAAGUGUAAUAAUGGGGUUAAAGUGUUUCACCCUUCUGUUUCUUUUUGUCAGCAGUAACAAUGGACACACUGAAUUCAUUUAUACUAAAGAUGAAGUUAAAUUGCAGUGCAGCACCAACAAAUGGCAAAUCAGCACAGAGUCUGACAACAUCAUUGAUGUGAACUGCAAAGUGGUGUGUGUUAAUGGUGAAACACUCAAACUUAAUAAUACCCAGAAUUCCUGCACAAAUAAAAAAUCAUACAAUGUUAGUAAAAACUGUCUGCUAAUAGCAAGAAGUGGAUUUUUUCGAUGUGUUACUGCUCUGGAUUCUGGUUUCUUGUUUCCAUUCAAACCGUCACCCAACACUGUCACGUCUUACAUAGUCGCCACUACAAAUGAAGAAAUGACAACCAAGUCUGAGGAAAGAUCUUCAGUCGAACUAACUGAAGGUGAAGAUGUACUUUUAAACUGCAGUUUUAACUUAAAAGGAAAAUACGACAACCAGGGAUUUAUACUGUACUGGAUCAAGACUAUUGGAAAGAGCAGUAGUUGUGUGUAUUCUUAUGAUUAUGGCUGGUACAGAAUAACGUACGAUCAUCACUGCACUGUGCAAGAAGAACUGCGUUACAGAAUCUCAAACCAACCUGAAGGCAAAAACACCCAUAACAUCAGGAUCAGUAACGUAACAGAGUCAGAUGCUGGACAAUAUCUUUGUGCUUUACAAAUACAAGGAAAGUGGAAGAUCAUAAAGAAUAUUACAUUCAGUGAUUCUAAGACUAAAUAUGAAAAAGCUAGAGACAGCACUGAUGAGUCUCUCGUCCGCUUAUGUGUUAUACUGCCAAUAUUACUGGGUGUUCCCACAGCUGUUAUUGUGAUAUAUUUAAGAAAAAAGAAUAAAACUUCAUCAAGAUCUCAGAAUAUGGAACUUCAAAUAACCCAACAUGGGAAUGAAACUCAAGGUCUUUGAGGCCUGAGAGCAACACAGCAUGAAGGAGGUUAAAUGUGUUAAUGUGCAUGUUUAAAUGUGUUUGCAGUAUGGGCUCUUAUUUUGUUUUACCUUACUGUAUUCACUUCUACAUUAGAAACAUUGUUACUGUUAUUGGUUCUUUACAUACUGUAUAACCUGAUCACAGGGAAAUCUGAAAGCAGCUGUUGAAGUAAUUAACUGUCAUUUAUUGUCAUUCAAUUCUCUAAAAUUUCCAAUGCUGCAUAUAAUAACAUGGGGUGUAUUUGGUCUGUUCAAAUACUGUACAGCUUAUCUAGAUAAGACAGAUUGCUAUAUAAAAAGCAAUUUCAAGGGAUGAGUACUUUAUGUUUGUUUCUUAUUGUGUAACUGCAACUUGCCCCUGCAACGAUAAUCAGGUGUCCGCAAACUUUUGUUCAUAUAAUGUCUUUAUCUACAUUAAUGUCCAAUGUUCUUUAGUGUAACACAUUGAUGAUUGUUACUAUCAACGAACUUUAAUCUUUUGUGAUAAAGUUUACAUUU